AUGAUCUAUUCAGGUGCACCACAUGAAACGAAAACACGAAAAGCUGAUGGCGUGGCAAUCUGCCUGGAUCAGACUGCCACAAAGGUUUGGAAGGAUUCAGGAAGCGAAUGGGUACCAAUAAGCGAACGAAUGAUUAAAAUUCGAUUGUAUUGUGCACCAAUUCACAUUACUGUAAUUGCAGUCUACUCUCCUAUUAAUCCUCUGACGAAACAAAUGGGUGAUGAAUGUGAUAAAUUCUAUAAUGAUUUACAAGAUACACUAAAAGAUGUAUCUGCAAACGAUAUGAUCAUUAUAAUGGGUGAUCUAAAUGCUUGGGUUGGCCAGGACCAACAAAAACAACAACAACAACAUGAAACAGCCAAACAUCAUUUUCCAAUAGGCAAGAAUACAAAUCGAAAAAGGAAAGAAUGGUUGACAAAUGACAUUCUAAAAGUUCUUGAUCAAAAAUCAAAAGCUUUCAUCGAAUGGCAAAAUAAUCGUGGCUCUAAAUUAGAGUCUAAAUAUCAUAAAAACUAUAAACGCCUACGUAAAAUAGCCAAAAUAGUGACCGAACAUCGUCAAAUAGAAUAUUGGGACGAAGUAUGUGAGGAUAUAGAAAAAUCCAUCAAAAACAACGAUCUUGUAACGGCUUUUUCCAUUAUAAGACGUCUCAGAGGUGGAAGUAAAAGAGACGAAAAUAUGCCAGUACAAGAUAAAAGUGGUGAAUUACUGGUAAAUUCAAAAGAUACCUUGAAACGUUGGCGAGAAUAUUUUCACGAAACUCUCAAUGUAACAACAUCAAUUGAUCAAGAUUUAAUUGAUCAAAUUCAAAUACUGACUCUUUCAACAACUGAAGAGCGUAGAUAA